CGCUCUGCAGCAAGCGCGGCAGUGACAAGCGGCCCCGGCGCGCCGCAGCCGAGAAGACCGGAUGCAAGGCGACGAUGAUCAUGCGCGACAAGCGGGUGGACGACAAGUGGAAGGUGGAGUUCGUUGACCUGGAGCACAACCACCCCUGCGCGCCUGACAUGGUCAGGUUCCUCAAGGCCUACCGGGAGUUGCCGGAGUCGGCCAAGAGGAAGGCCAGGAUCACCGAUGAGAUGGACGAGAUGGUGGAGAAGUCGCUGAGCGAGAUCGCCGAGACCAGGAAGUUCCCCACUCGCCCCAAGCGGAGCGUCAGUGCCGGCGGGCUGAGGUCCAGCAAACCUGACAAUAUCGCGCAGCGGUUCGGGGAGGAUGACCUUGUUGCGGUGAAGAGGUUCGUUGAGACCAUGCAGGAGAAGAAGCCGAACUUCAUUCACAGCUGGGAUCUUGAUCAGGACAGCCGCCUGAGGAACUUCUUCUGGGCAGACACGAGGUCUCAGGCGCAGUACCGCUACUUUGGCGAUGUCGUGACGCUUGAUGUGAUGUACUUGCAGCACUCCCGUGGCAGCCUCCCUCUGGUCACACUCCUUGGGGUGAACAACCAUGGCCAUCUCGUGCUGCUUGGCUGCGGUCUGCUCUCCAAGGACAGUAAAGAGAACUAUGUUUGGUUGCUGAAGAGGUGGCUGAGCUGCAUGAAUGGCAAGCCGCCAGAGGCGAUUACGACCAGCUAUUCGGAUGCCGUGGCGGAGGCUGUGGCUGAGGUGUUGCCAGGUACGAGGCACCGUUUCUGCUUUUGGCAUAUCUUGAGGAAGCUCCAAGAAAAUGUGGGACGUACGCAAGAGAAAGAGACAUUGUCUUUGAGAUUCAAGGAGGUUGUUUAUGACACGGUCACUCUUACCGACUUCGAGAAAGAGUGGGAUACCAUGGUUGAGCAUUACAAGCUCAAGGAUAAUGAAUGGUUCUCCACACUGUACAGCUGCCGGAAGCAGUGGGCUCCUGGUUUUGUCAAUCAUUCGUUCUGGGCUGGCACAUCUGCUAUCAGGAAGGUCGAAAAGCCAGAUCCAUACUUUGAUGGUGUCGUGACAGCUAAAACUACCUUGCCAGUUUUCCUCGAGCAAUAUGAGGCCACGCUCAAAGGCAAGCUGGAGAGGGAAGCAUAUGAUGAUCUGCGCUCAUAUUAUUCUAGGCUCACUUUGCUCUCAGGAUUGCCAUUUGAGGAGCAGCUGGUGGAACUCUACACAGUACCCAUGUUUCAGGCAUUCCAAGAUGAGAUCAAGCAAUUGAUGCAUGUGAUCUGUAAAGAGGUGGACAGGAGUGGGAAUUCAGUCACCUACAUGGCCAGUGAGUUAAUACAGGGCAAGAAGAUUGACUUUACGGUUGUCUACAACAAUUCUGACAAGGAUGUUUGGUGCAUUUGUCGCUCCUUUCCAUCACGGGGCAUUCUUUGCAGCCAUGCUCUGUCUGUUCUGAAGCAAGAGAAUGUGUUGAUGCUGCCAUCAAAGUACAUCCUCGACCGCUGGAGGAAGGAUUUCAGAAUACUUCCCAUGCCUGCAAACUCUGAUUCUGCAAGAGAUUUGAGCAUUUUUGAUGAUCUCUAUGUGCGUGGCCAUGAAUGUUUAGAAGAUGUUAUCGACAUUGGGGCUAGAGAGCCUGAGUUAAAGGAGUUUGUGUUGUCAGUCAUGAGAGAAGCAAAGGACAAACUAGUUAGGCCUGUCCAGACCCAGCAAGGUGAUCAGCGGGUUGAUGUAAAUAUGUCGGUAACUGGUCAGCCUGCUGAUAGAAUAGUUGAUGAGAACAUGACAUCAAACACCACAUCUGUCAUUCAUGGGGACAGAAGGGUUGAUGCAAAUAUGACCUUAAACACAAGAGCCCUGGUUCAUGAGGAUAAUCUGACAUCAAACACUACAUCCCUGAUUCACGGGGACAGAAGAGUCGAUAUGGAAAUGCAAACACCCCACCUUAUCCACAGAGAGGGAAGACUUGACAUGAACAUGGCAUCUCCUCACUUGAUGCAGAGGGAUAGAAGAGUUGACAUAAACAUGGCGGUGCCUCACCUGAUACAGGGGGACAGAAGAGUCGACAGGAACCUGGGGUCACCACACUUUAUACAAAGUGACAGAAGAGUUGAUAUGAACAUGGCAUCGCCACACCUGAUACACAGGGACGUGAGAGUUGAUAUGAACAUGGCAUCGCCACACCUGAUACACGGCGACAGAAGAGUCGAUAUGAACAUGGCAUCACCUCACCUGAUACAGGGUGACACCAGAGUGGAUAUGAACAUGGUAUCCACUGCUCAGGAUGACGGGAUGCACACUUUCGAUUUGAUGAACGUAAACCUCGAGAGUGGCUCUUUGCCAAUGACUGCAACAGAUUUCAUGCAAAUGCAUCAGCACCCAGCAGUUUACAAUCCCAAACAACUUCUCAAUAUGAGAGAUCAGGUGAUGGACUCAAAUAAGAGACCCAAUGUGGAAACCAAUACUUAUUUUAUGGGAGGUGGAAUGCAUGUGGGGUAGUUUGAUUGUCUACAGCUGUAACAUUUUAUGUACGGAGAGGAGAUGACCUUAUUGUAUGUUGAUACGUACGUUCUUAGAGCAGGCAGUGCAACUAAUCACCUAGUUUGUACUAAUUGCAGAUCAAUCAUUGACUGCUGGGCUGGUAGCUCUCUUGUACCGUUCUUUCUGUUUGGAGUUGUAGCUAGCUACUUGGAUGGCAUUGUUCUGUGCAUAUUGUUGAUAGAUAGUAAUAAUCUUUG